CAGUCUGUGAACGGUUUCAAAUAUGAACGGAACAAAUAAUAGUGUUGUUGUCAACGGUGUUAACGGAUUUAGCCAUAAGAAUGGCAUCGCAAAAAGUCUACGUAUUGCCAUCAUUGGACAAAGUGCAUUUGCUGCUGAAGUUUACGAAGUACUAAGAGAACAAGGACACCAAAUCGUAGGAGCGUUUACUAUUGCUGACAAAAAUGGAAGAGAAGAUCCUCUGGCAAUUGUUGCCAAAAAUGGAGGAACACCAGUUUUUAAGUAUACCACUUGGCGUAAAAACAAGAUCACUAUUCCUGAAGUUUUUGAACAAUACAAAUCGGUAAAUGCUGAAUUAAACGUGAUGCCUUACUGCUCCCAAUUUAUACCACUGGAAGUGGUAGAAUGGGGUCUUGGUUCCAUUUGUUACCAUCCAAGUAUUUUACCAAGACAUCGUGGAGCAAGUGCAAUAUCAUGGACAUUAAUAGAAGGUGAUGAACGAGCUGGUCUAUCAAUUUUCUGGGCUGAUGACGGUUUGGAUACAGGUCCAAUUUUAAUGCAAAAGCAAUGUGAAGUACUACAAACCGAUACACUGGAUUCUAUUUAUAAGAGAUUUUUGUAUCCAGAAGGUGUAAGAGCAUUAGCAGAAUCCACAGCUCUCAUAGCAAAUGGAAAAGCACCCAAAAUUAUACAAAGUGAGGUUGGAGCAACUUAUGAUCCAAUUUUGACCAAAAAAGAAAAUCAAAUUAUAAAUUGGGCACAACCUGCCAAAAGGUUAUUCAAUUUCAUUAGAGCUUUGGAUUCAGUUCCUGGAGCUGUUGCAUAUUUUCUGGAAGAAGAAGAAAUUGAGAUAAGAUUAUUUGGUGCUUCUAUUCUGGAGUUUGCUCCAAAAGGUGAAGGUGUCACCAUCAAGGGUUUAAACCAGCAGGGAAUAGUUCACGAAAAUGGAAUUGCAAUUCGUGGUACUGAUGGAAGAUAUGUGAAUGUUAAACGUAUAAAAAUGAAUGGUAGAAUGAUGAACGCAUCCGAAUAUUUCACCGCCAAAAACAGUGGUCAACAAGAGGAACUCGUACUGACACCAGAUGAGCAAGACAAUGUGGACACUUUGAGAAAACUCUGGAAAGGUGUUUUAGGAACAGAAAUCGAUGAUGAAACUGAUUUCUUUGCCUGUGGAGGAGGAUCUAUGGACGUUGUCAGAAUAAUUGAGGAAAUCAAAGAAGCCGUUGGAGUAACAAUGGAAAACGAAGAUCUCUACAUGAAUCCAACAUUCGGAGAUUUUGUCAGGCGUUUUAUAUCUGGUCAACGUGAUGGUGGAUCUGGAGGAAGCGGAAUCGAAUUUGAUGGCGUCGAAAUUAAAGCCAAUGGUCGAAUUUGCAAAGUGGCCACUCAACUAUUCAUUGGUGGUAAAUUCAUCAAUGCUGAAAACAAUAAUUCCUUGAAAAUUUUCAAUCCUACUACAGAAGAAGUCAUUUGCAAUGUGCAAGCUGCUUCCAAGAAUGAUGUAGAUUUAGCUGUAAAAGCAGCAAGUGCAGCUUUCAAAGGUGCUUGGUCAGCAAUGUCGCCUAGACAAAGGGGCUUGAUUUUGCUGAAACUUGCUGAUCUUAUGGAGGAACAUAAAGAAGAGUUGGCUACUAUUGAAUCUGUAGAUUCUGGUGCUGUAUAUACAUUGGCUCUGAAAACUCACGUUGGCAUGUCCAUAGAAGUCUGGCGUUACUUUGCAGGUUGGGCUGAUAAAAUUGAAGGAGCUACUUUACCCGUGACUCCAAAUAGGCCAAAUGGAGUUUUAUCAUUUACGCGAAAAGAACCAGUCGGUGUAUGUGGAUUAGUGACACCCUGGAACUACCCUCUCAUGAUGUUAUCAUGGAAAAUGGCAGCUUGUUUAGCUGCUGGAAAUACUGUUGUUAUGAAACCUGCUCAAGUGUGUCCUUUAACUGCCUUGAAAUUUGCAGAACUAGCUGCUAGAGCUGGUGUACCUGCUGGAGUCAUCAACAUAGUACCAGGAAAAGGAUCUCAAGCUGGUCAAGCAAUCGUAGACCAUCCAUUGAUUCGUAAAGUCGGAUUUACUGGAAGUACUGAAGUUGGCAAAGGCAUUAUGUCUUCAGCAGCUUUGGCUAAUUUGAAGAAAGUUUCUUUAGAAUUAGGUGGUAAAAGUCCUUUAGUGAUAUUCAGAGACUGUGAUUUGGAAAAGGCUGUCAAAAUUGGAAUGCAAAGUGUGUUCUUCAACAAAGGAGAGAAUUGUAUCUCCGCUGGUAGAUUAUACGUAGAAGAUUCAAUUCAUGAUGAAUUCGUGAGAAGAGUUUGUCAUGAGGUCAGGAAAAUGAAAAUUGGUGACCCAUUGGAUAGAGGUACCUCACAUGGACCUCAAAAUCAUAGGGAACAUAUGGAGAAACUUCAAGAAUUCUGCAAACGAGGUGUGGAGGAAGGGGCAAAAUUAGAAAUUGGUGGCGACAGAAUGCCAAUGAAAGGAUUCUUCUUUGCACCGACAGUCUUUUCAGGAGUAACUGACGACAUGUUCAUUGCUCAAGAAGAAUCUUUUGGUCCUAUUAUGGUUGUUCUGAGAUUUGAUGAAAGUGAUUUAGAUGCUGUGAUCGCUCGUGCAAAUGACACGGAAUUCGGAUUAGCUGCUGGUGUCUUCACCUCAGAUAUGUCAAAGGCCCUGAGAUUUGCAGAAAAAGUUGAAGCUGGAACAGUUUUCGUAAACACUUAUAACAAAACAGAUGUAGGAGCACCAUUUGGUGGUUUCAAGCAAAGUGGUUUUGGCAAAGAUUUAGGUCGAGAAGCCCUCAAUGAGUAUUUGAAGACAAAAUGUGUGACAAUAGAAUACUAAAAUCACAUCACUAUAAAAAUCAUAUAAAAA